AUGAAGCGUUCGGCAAGUGGCGACGACAAUGCAACCACCCUAGGCCAUGACAGGGGCCAAGGACGUGUCAAUAACGACCAAACCAAGCGCCGCCGCUAUUCCAAUUCGACACCAGAGAAGCAGCAACGAGAUGGGACUGAUCACGGCAGUCUGCCACCAGCUACCGCAGAAGUUGCAGGUAGCCAAAGCCAAAUGAUGCAAAAGGAGACCGACCAACGUAAACUUGCCCAACGUCAAAAGCAAAUCGAUUUUGGCAAGAACACCAUAGGCUACGAUCGGUACCUCCAAGCUGUGCCCAAAGGUCGUCGUCAAUUUGGGAAGCACCCGUCCACGCCAGACAAGUACGCUGUCGCUAGCAAGCGCGCAUGGGAUGGUCGAAUCCAAGUAUGGCGAAGACAUUUACAUAUAUACGAUCCGGAGUCCACGACCCAGGCAACUGCAUUGCCCCUAAAAGCAUCCGUGCCUUCCCUUUCUACCCCCAUGUCAACUCCAACACGGUCCCUAUCGGAUCAAGCGCCUCUUCAGCCUUCCGAAGUUGGCCCCGGGCCACCUCGGGUGAGUCAGACGUCCCUAUUUGACGACUUCGACGACGAAAACAAGGUCGACAAAGCAGUAGGAGACCACGACGACGAAGACGAUUUGCUUUAGCUGCUCAAAGGCAACCUGUUCUCCAUAUAUGCAACUACUUUCAACGUUUUAUGGCUUGACAAGUAACGGAAGCCACUUACAAACAUGUACAAUUCGUGAUGG